AUGAGUACUCCCAUUGACUUGAAGGAGUGGGACGAUGAUAAUGACGAUGACAAUAACGAUAAUGACGACGACAAUGACGAUAAUGACGACAAUGACGAUAAUGACGACGACAAUGACGAUAAUGACGACGACAAUAACGAUAAUGACGACGACAAUAACGAUAAUGACGACGACAAUGACAAUAAUGACGAUGACAAUGACGAUAAUGACGAUGACAAUGACGAUAAUGACGACGACAAUGACGAUAAUGACGACGACAAUGACAAUAAUGACGACGACAAUGACGAUAAUGACGACGAUAAUGACGACGACAAUAACGAUAAUGACGACGACAAUGACGAUAAUGACGACGACAAUGACGAUAAUGACGACGACAAUGACGAUAAUGACGACGACAAUAACGAUAAUGACGACAACAACUACAACAACGAAAACAGCAACAGUGACGACAAAUAA